GAUUAGUGUGGACUGGUUUUAGCAGCUGCUCUUUGCCACUAGCAGGCAACAAGCUGGCACUCUGAAAAAAAAAAUGCCGUCUUCGGAGGAAGGUUUACCCGGAGGUGACGUGGUUACUGUUAAACACGAGCUGAAAAACGCAAACCUGACAGGUCACGUCGAACGUGUUGGCAUUGAGAAUUUCGAGCUGCUGAAGGUACUGGGUACAGGAGCGUAUGGGAAAGUGUUUUUGGUGCGCAAAGUGAGCGGACACGACUCGGGCAAGCUGUACGCCAUGAAGGUGCUAAAGAAAGCCACCAUCGUGCAGAAGGCGAAGACAGCCGAGCACACGCGGACAGAGAGGCAGGUGCUGGAGCAUAUCAGACAGUCUCCGUUUCUCGUUACGCUGCACUAUGCCUUCCAGACAGACACCAAGCUUCACCUCAUUUUAGACUACGUGAAUGGGGGGGAGCUCUUUACACACUUGGUGCAAAGGGUCCAUUUUAAAGAGCAAGAGGUCGCAUUGUACAGCGGAGAGAUCGUAUUGGCACUGGAACACUUGCAUCAGCUAGGGAUUGUCUACAGAGACCUCAAACUGGAGAACAUUCUUCUGGACUCAAAUGGUCACAUUGUCCUGACAGACUUUGGACUUAGCAAAGAAUUUGAUGAGGUAGAGAGGGCUUACUCGGUGUGUGGAACAAUUGAAUACAUGGCCCCUGAGAUUGUAGAAGGUGGAGAAUCUGGACAUGACAAGGCAGUGGACUGGUGGAGUUUGGGUGUGCUGAUGUACGAGCUCAUGACUGGUGGCUCUCCUUUCACUGUGGAUGGUGAUGAGAACUCCCACUCUGAUAUAGCCAAGAGAAUUCUGAAGAAGGAUCCUCCAUACCCCAAAGACAUGGGCCCCCUGGCCAAAGACAUCAUUCAACGACUCCUCAUUAAAGACCCAAAGAAAAGGCUAGGGUCGGGGCCCUCGGGUGCUCAGAAUGUAAAAAGCCAUCCGUUUUACCAGAAAAUAAUCUGGGAGGAUCUGGCUGCUAAGAAGGUGCCAGCUCACUUUAAGCCGGUCAUCCGGGAUGAACUGGACGUAAGUAACUUUGCAGAAGAGUUCACGGAGAUGGAUCCUACUUACUCCCCGGCUGCACUGCCUCAGAGCUGCGACCGUAUUUUCCAGGGAUACUCCUUUAUAGCUCCCUCUAUCCUGUUCAAGAGGAAUGUGGUAAUGGAUGACCCAGUUCAGAUGUGUGGUGAAGUGGAGAGACCAGGACCUACUGCAGUCGCACGUAGCGCCAUGAUGAAGGACUCCCCUUUCUAUAUAAACUAUGUGAUGGACCUGAAGCAGACAGCACUAGGGGAAGGAAGCUUCUCCAUCUGCAGGGAGUGCACACACAAGAAGAGCGGGCAGAAAUAUGCAGUAAAGAUUGUCAGUAAAAGAAUGGAGGCUCAGACUCAGAAAGAGAUCGCUGCUCUCAAGCUAUGUGAUGGACAUCCCAACAUAGUGAAGCUUCAUGAGAUUUACCAUGAUCAGCUGCAUACAUAUCUGGUUCUAGAGCUACUGCGUGGUGGAGAGCUCCUGGAGAGGAUUCGGAGGAAGCAGUACUUCAGUGAGACGGAGGCAAGCCGCAUCAUGCGGAGGCUGGUGUCCGCUGUGAGCCACAUGCACGAUGUAGGUGUGGUGCAUCGAGACCUUAAACCAGAGAACCUUUUGUUCACUGAUGAAAGUGAGAACUCAGAAAUAAAAAUCAUCGACUUUGGCUUUGCCCGCCUCAAGCCUCCUGACAACCAGCUUCUGAAGACUCCCUGCUUCACCCUACAGUACGCUGCCCCUGAGAUCCUCAAAUACGGAGGCUACGAUGAGUCAUGUGACCUCUGGAGUCUGGGGGUCAUACUGUACACCAUGUUAUCUGGCCAGGUCCCCUUUCAGUGUCAGGAGAAGAGCCUAACGCACACAAGUGCAGAAGAGAUAAUGAAGAAGAUCAAACAAGGAGACUUCUCUUUCCAGGGCGAGGCUUGGAGGAGUGUCUCUCUGCAGGCCAAGGAACUCAUUCAGGAGCUCCUGACAGUAGAUCCUAACAAGAGGAUAAAGAUGUGCGAGCUGCGCUAUAACACGUGGCUGCAGGACGACAGCCAGCUCUCGUCCAACCCCCUCAUGACGCCUGACAUUCUGGGCGUGUCUACCGCCUCUGUAAACACCUGUGUUAAAGCCACCUUCAAUGCCUUCAACAAGUGUAAACGGGAGGGUUUCCGACUGCAGACGGUGGAUAAGGCUCCUCUAGCCAAGCGCAGGAAGAUGAAAAAGACCAGUACCGGCACGGAGACACGCAGCAGCUCCAGUGAGAGCACACACUCAUCCUCGUCUUCCUCCCAGUCUCAGGAGAAGACUCCUCUCCAGCUGUCUGUCAGCACACCCCUUACCCUGGGCCCUGAUGACGACGAGCCUUCCCAGAGUGACCCACAGCCUGCUUUCAGCUUCUCAGAGUGAGCUGUCUCGUCCUCUCUGACUGUGUUCCUCUACAUUAGCCAGGUCUCCCUUUAUCACUGGUGCAGAGCAUGCAAGCGGCAGCGGCGGAACCGAAAUCACCCAAGCCCUUCACUAGCAAUAGGAGCAAGGUAGUACAGUGUAGGGAGUUUGUGAAAAAAAAAAGGCUUGAUCCCUUUAUGAUCCUCUAAUUUCUGGAUAAGUCCAAGCUGAAUGUGACUCAGAGAAGCAUGGCAUCAUGCAUUAACUGGAACGAAUGCUCCAGUAACUGUGCUGUCUCAUCGCUUUAGGCCAAAAAAAAGGAAAAAAGGGAUAUUUUCUUAAUUCUGAGAAAUAAGCUUUAUUGUUAAUGUUAAAUUAUUCUUAUGGCCCUAUGGUCAAGUCUGUUGUUUAUGGUCAAUGUUCCUGUGAAUUAAUUCGUAAAGUGUGCUGUCAGUGACUACAUCGGUCAUAGUAUGAUACCAGACCGGUGUUUGAUUUUGAGCAGACUUCGUCUGAUCGGAGAUUUAUGGUAAAGUAGCAGAUAUUUGUUUGCGGGUAUUCAGACAUUUUUAACUUGUCAAGGAAAUUAUAUUACAGAGUGUUUCAGAUUUAUUAUAUUAGGCAGUAGAUUAGGUAAAAUUGAGAGUAGAAAUUAUAAUUUUUUUUAUGUGGAUAAAAUGUUAAAAGAAUAUUUAACCAACAGUUUCCUCCCUAAUUCCACUUGUGAUGGAUUUAUUUAGAGAGAGUUGGAUUUUAGUGAUAGAUUUUAUUCUGAGAGUUUUUAACUGCUAGCCAGAAUUAAGCAGGAGUUUAUAUAAAGAGAUUUAUCUUCCACAUAUUUAACUAAAGAACAGAAAGAUGCUCCUGCAACUCUAUAAAUAUGUUUUUCAUGUUCUGAUUUCUACGUAAUGACAAAUUAGCAGAGUAGAUUCCUAAGUAGUAAGCAGAACGAUUGGUAGUAGCAUGGUAGUGUAUGUGUCGAGGUUAGGCCCAGUUGCCUCAUAAUAUUAUGUCUUUGUACAGAUGUAUGAACAUUUUUCUGUAUUUUCUGUACUAGACACUCGGUGGUGAAUUAACCAAUGUUUAAUGUGUCCUGUUAUAAUAGAUUCUGUUAAAAUCAGCAUGCCAAGAACUUAAAGGACUGUCGGUAUAAAAUGCUAGAUGUAUUAGCAUUUUCUCUUUUACUAUUGGAAGCACUACAAAGGCUUUCAACUGAUAAGCACUAGACUCAACGUUGCAGUUGACCUGCUAUGCAAAGCAAGCCGCAUUUCUUUCUUUCUUUAGCAUGACUUUGUCUUAUUAAUAGUUUCCCUUGUCUGAUAGGGACCAUUAUGCAUUAUAACUACGUGAGCAAAAAACACACACACACACGCACACAAACAUCAUGCCUCUUAAGACAUCUUUAAAGCCAACAAGCCUACGUAUUAACAGUCUCACAUAUCCGUUACCUCUUUACCUUUACAUUGAAACAAGUGGAGACAUCCACGAACUGAAACACUGAGGGCUUGUAUAGGGUAUAGAGUAGACACACACACAGAAACAUGCAUACAAAUAAACUGGUGCUCCGUCUUCUGCCUACGUGACAGACCAACAGAUGAGCAAUAAGAGCAUCCUGAGCUCAGCUCACUUUCCAGUAUCAAAGGCCUGCACGUGGCUGUUUUUUCCAUCUCCACUUUGUGCCAAACCCCCACAGCUCCCUCAUUCCUGCUCUGCCCUUUUUGUUUUGCUAUAUUAAUAGAACAGGAAAAAGAGAGAGUGUGUCCUACAUUGAAUUCCGCUUAGGGGGGUGGCGCCCUUAUUAGUUGCUUUACCAUGGUGCUGUUUGUCCUCUGGGAGAUUAAGCAGCCCAGGUCAGAGUCCUACUACAAGGGAAGUAAGACAGGUGCAAGGGAACACACAGAGAGGGAAAAACAGGGUCAGCGCUUUACAGCAUUAGGAAGAGGCUGAGAAUUUGGCUUUGAUGAAUAUGCGCCAGAGCUAUUCAGACUCCAAGGCAAGACCUGUGCUUCUGAUUCGGGCAGAUAGGUCAGCACUCUGUUCUAUCGUUUCAUUGAUCUCUAAAGCACUUGUGUUUUGCGUCAGCCAAUACCAGCAGCAGAUUUUCAGAGUUCUAAAGAGCUCUCUACGCUGGCUGGCUGUGUGAGGGUUUUCAUGUAUAUUCUAGAGAGUAUCUUUUACCAUUUUCUGAGGUAGAGAGAACACAUAUCGUAACAGCAUGCUCUUGAAAAGAGCCCAUUCCUUUGAUCUGAGCACUCCUUCAUCACAAGUUAUUGUUGGCCUACUUUAAUGCUCUCAGGAGCUGGUUAAUUGUGUGGCCCUUUUUUCUGCUAUUGUAGCAGAGGGUCCAGUGUGAGUACAUAUCUCUGUGUGCAGCCAACGGUCAGACUGGCGGCCUAGUCUUUCAUCUGCUCACGGAGGUGGAGCAUUUCUCCAUGAUGAUUUGAGCUUCGACAUAUCCCUUAUGAAGGAUAUCUCACACAACAUAGGCUACGUAAUGUGAUUUUUAGAGGAGGUUGGCUGUAGAACACCUAUUUUGAGUUUCUACUGUUUAGUAAUCUGGGGUUGUUUUGUAAUGCUGUGUUUAGUAGAAAAAUGUUGUGGUUUAAAAAGAAGUGCGUGAUCAUUUUGUAUAAAUCGUUAUUAUUGGAACUGGCAGGGGAGCUGGAUUUUACCUCAUAUAACCCUUAAAGGGACAUUUAGGUUGGAAAGGAUCUUUGGAAGAUGUUGCAGUGUCUUCCCUUUUAUCUGAUUUAGCAACAGUUUUAAACAAGAACUCUUGACUGGUGAAAAAAAAAUGUGACCGUGAGGGACUUUUAACAUUGAUAUUACUAACACCAGCACACUGCGUUAAGACAGGCAGUCUCUGACCCUGGGAGCUUAACUUCUGCAUCUUAAAAAAAAGUCUUCAGCUUUCUGUACUAUUGGGAAACAUUUUUGCUCUAGCUGGACGAGGAACGCUCCUCAAUAUCAAAGUAAAAAAAUAUUCAUUGAUUUUCAUUGUAUGUCUUUUAUCUAUUGACUUUUUUUUCGCCAAAGCUUUGAUCUGUAGCAGUGGGGCUCAAAGCAAAUCCUUAGCUUUAAAAAAGAAAAAAAAAUCUUUACAUUAGCUAUUACCACAAUAGCUUUACAUUUCUUUAUACCUUUUAAGACCAUUGUUUACCAUCA